AUGGCUCAGAAUUCGAAAUCACUGGAAUUCCUUGCCCUCGAUCUCCUGCGAUACGGAAAGGAAUCCAUCGUGCACGACAGCCAUCACGACUUGGAGUCCUUCUACUGGCUCCUGGUGUGGAUCGUGUUACGCCACACCUCAUACAACAGUCCAUAUGGUCGGAGAGAAGAAUGCUCGCGCCUUUUCAAGCCUGUGAACAGUCGCGAAGCGAAAAUUGCCAAGGGCGGGUGGCUGUAUAACGCUGAGCCCCUCAUAAUCAACCAGAACCCCCCGCUGACGGACCUCCUGAAGACGCUUCAAGACCUCGUAUACAUGGCCGCGAUACCGACCCGGAGCAAGUCCAUGACGAGGGAAAUCCUUACAUACCGCGGUAUCAUCGACGUCUUCGAAAGCGCCAUUAACCGCGAGGACUGGCCGCUCGGCGAUCCGGCCCUCCCACUCACCCCGCCAAGGAACGACAUGCCGAUUAUCAUCGAAGGCGACGUUUUCUUCAAGCGGGCUGAAAGGGCUCUCGAUUCCUCUGUGGAGGAAGAUCAAUAUCCCUUGAAACGCGCAUCCAGCGAGUCGAGCACACCUGCCAUGACGUCGGCGAAGCGGCGGCGGACGGUUGUUACUCCUUCAACAAGUGAAAGCAACGCGCUGCUCGAAGACUUAUGGUCGCGCUGCAUCGACAUAAUGAUCGUUCCGAAGCGAGGCAGAGAGGUCUAA